GAAAGGUCGACAGUCGACAGGCUGAACGGAUGUUUUGGAGCAGCCAGGGUUUCUAAAAAGCUUGCGAGGACCAAGCUUCCUGGCUUGUUGUGUUGUGGAUGGUGAUCCUAGCUAGCUAGAGUUGCCUCAUCCUAGCUAGAGUCGCCUCAUACACCUGCCACAUUUGUAUGAAGGAGUUUCCCUUGAGGGCUGCUAGCUAGCUAAUAGUAGUAGAUCUCCUCUACCGUUCCUUCAAUUUCGUUCGAUUUGAAGAUUGAAAGCAAGGAUGAACAUAGGAGCCGAAGCACCAAUAGACCAAGUGGCUGUAAGAGCAAAUGAAGACGUCGAAGGGGAGAAUCCCCCAAAUGAAGAGGUGAGGCCCCGAAACGAGGAUGCCCCUGCUCCUGCUCCAGAAGAAGAAGAUGGAAGCGAAGAAAACCAACGACCUGAAAACGAGAAUGCUGCUCCGGAAGAAGAUGAUGGGAACGAAGAAAACCAUCAGCCCCAAAACGAGGAUGCUGCUCCUGCGGCAGAAGAUGAUGAUGCGAACGAAGAAAAUCAGCAGCAACGUCCAGUGCCCCCUCCAGUGGAUCGGUCCAUGGACCUUACAAAUCAAGAACGCCAAUGGGCUCGGACCAUCAAAGCAGCCAUUGAGAGCUGCCCUGAUCUGGACAAACUCUCUGAUUUUGAGUACUGCCAGUUGGCAAUUAUUGAUCAGGGUAAUGUGGGAGCUGCUGUUGACAGAGCCGUAUCCUUACAGGGAUUUCGGCAGGAAUAUGAUAUUCCAAAUACUCUGGAAGAUGCACUAGUGGCUUUGCGGAACCAUGUAUUAUUGAUGCCCCAAUUCAUUCUCGAUUUUCCCUACAACCACUCCUCUGGUGGAUACACCCUUAUUGAAGAUAUGAGACGCUGUGAUCUGCAGAUACUGGGAACAGAGAAAGGUUGGAAAAUGCAUGCUGCAGGCCUCUACUAUAUGUUGCAUGCCAUGGGCCCAGACUUCCACAGUAUUCGAACUGGGAUCACAUAUGUGUUUGAGUGUGAUAGAUUCAGUUUGGCCUCCAACUUGGACUUCAAGAUUACAAAGAAUGUCUGCACAGAUGUGUUCUGUGUGUACCCUUUUACCACUCACAAGCUGAACUUCUUUCAUACUGGCCUCUUUGCCAACAUGCUGAUCUCCUCAUGUCGCACGGUGUUGCCCAAGUCAAUUGCUUCCAAAUUCCAUGUUGGUUGUGUGUUCCCUGAUGGUCGCUUGAGCCAAUUUUACAAUACACCUGAUCCACAAACUGCAAUGGAACGAACAAUCAGGAACAUGCAAAAGAGUGUUCGGAGACGAUACGCAAUGCAAGCUGCGUUUCAAGUGGAUUGCACUAAUCAUAUGUAAAUAAUUGCUUUGUUGCUCUGAUGU